CCUCACUCUGCUGCCCUACUAUGCUGUUUACUUACUAACUUACUUGAUUCCUUCAAAAUUCCCCUUGAACAGAUGAGUAAACAGGUACAAGGAGAAAAGAUAAUUUGUUCAAGUUACACAGUGAGUGGAGAGGUUUGGCCAGGCAAUCUAAUGCUACUCUGCUAUAUCUAGUUAAGGGCAAUGUAGCUUCCUGGCACUGUGUUUAUAUAAACAUGUAUAUUAAUCUUUAUUUUAAAAAUAUAAGGCCUAGGAAGAUAGCUCAAGAUAUUGCUUUUUCAAGUACCUGGGUUUGGUUCCCAGUACCAAGAUAGCAGCUUAUGACCAUCUGUAAUUCCAGUUCUAGGGGAUCCGAUGCCCUCUUCUGACUUCUGAAGGCACUGGGCCCAUAUAGUGCAUAUACACAUAUGCUGGCAAAUACUCAUACACAUAAAAACUUUUUAAAAACCAACAAUAUAAGAGUAGUAUUAUUAUCAUUUUCUAACAGAUGAAGAAGCAAAGGCUUAAAAACAUGUUUGGUUUGCCUGAGGAAAGCCCAGUAAGUAUUAGAGCUAACCUAAAGCCUGUUAAGUCUUUACUAUGUUGAAUCUUCAAAACAUGGGAGGUCUGAGAGGUGAGACUCUUCCUGUAAGGGAGGAUGUGAGACAGAAGGGAGGACUCAAGUUCUGCUGUUGUAUUAGCAUUGGCAUUUCAAGCUUGGAGACGUACGGGAGCGUUCUGUUCUGACAAGAUGUUUUACAUAAACAACUUCUAAAGGAGCUCAUUUUGUGUCAUGGUUUCAAGUUUUCAUUCAUGGUCAUAUAACCACUUUGUUUGAAGCUGAACUUCCUUUUUGUUCUCUUGGGGCAGACAGGAAGCAAAUAGAGAAGGAUCCCAAUAUCCCUUUCAAAAGUACAACCCCAAAAGCUUAAUACCUUCCAAUUAGUCCCCACAUCUUAAAGCUUCUGCUAGGUCCUAGUAACACCACAAUCUGGUCACCAAGUCUUCAACACAUCCAAACCAUAACCAGGUUUGGGAGGUCUGAGGCCUAUCAAUUCAAACCAACGUCACAACUAAGUAGAUUGUUCUUUGAACCUAGGUGGCUGGGAACUUUAGCCUCUAAUAACCAAUAGCUACUGUGACUGAAGAAUCAUGAUUGCAUUUUCUUAUGGCCUCAGAGACACUAAGUGGGUCAGAAAUACUGAAUGUUGGGACUGAAUGUUUGGGUCUUUCUCAGUCCACUCUUCCCCUCAGUUUAUCCUGAGUCAUCAGGUGAUUUGCUCAAGACAUAGUCAGUCACAGUAAUAAUCUUUCAUUGCCCUGUGCCUUAUGACUCUAGGUUCCAGAUGCUUGAAACUUGUACCACACAGUGACUUCUCUAUGUGUGUGCUUUUCUGGCUUUGACCUCUAGAAGCCUUAACUCUGUGUCUUUUCUACGUUGAGCAUGUGCUUGCUCUGACUUUGGGUUAUGUGGCAAAGCCUCAGAGGUUAUGAUCGUACUAUCAAGACCACUAGUAGGAGCACAUCUGUCAUAUAGGACAUUUAGCUGUUUUUGGAGUUAAAACAACCUCUUCUGGGUUGUUUUGGUGUAGAUAGCAUCCGGAGCUAGUCUAGUUUGUUGAGCGCGCUAACGCUCACCUACAUGCUGUCGUAGAAUAAUCGUGUGCAGUUCCAUCACUCCUGCUCUGGCUGUGGAUGGAUCUUUAGGACACUUUAUGGUGAAGUAUAGUUAUAUUGUGAUCAAGUUUCUAACUGGAACACAUACCUGUCUCUUAUGUCUUACAACGUUCAUGUCAGUGAAUAUACCUUAAGUUCUCAGAUGAAAUAGCUAUUGUUUUUAUUGUAGAAACAGUACAGAAAGGGGGGGUAACAUUGUUGCUUUCAAAUGAAGUCUGUUUUAGUUAAAACUUACACUAAGAAAACAACAGUUAUGUAUGUUUAGGAUGCUGACAUGAUAUAUUUUCUUGGGUGUAUUGCUAAUCCUACUUUCCUUCAAAGUCAUUUGCUUCCAUGGUUUAACACUGCCAUAAAGGCAGUGUUACUCUGUCAUUGUCUCUGUUUACUCAGUCAUUGUCUCUGUUUACUCAGUCAUUAUGCAAGGAAUAUAAACAAGAGUGUUUGGUAAUUUGCUGGGUAUUGACUUAAAUAAUUCUAAGGGUUAGGCUCCUCUUCAGCAGUAACAGAUUUUGACCUUGCUUUAUUCUUAAAGGUCCCACUAUUGCUACAGACCACAAUGGGUUAUAAUUGAUUUGGAUCAAGGAAUAGAGAGUAGAUCAUACAUCCUUGCAGAGUUAAUAUUUAUUAAGGAUUAAAUGCCCUCAAAAUCUCACCAUGAAAUAAGUCAGUAAUAUUAGUCCUUAUAGAUGUAAGAUAAUGUACCAAAUCUUAUAAAACGGACAUAAACAUUUUGAAUAUAUUGACUUAUAUAAAUACCUAGAGUGUUUUAACAUACCCAUACAGCACACAGAAUUUUAGAGCUUACAUUAUUAUUUCUUAGGCUCCUCCUACAUGCCAGGCACUAUAGUCAGAUCAGAGUUGACUAAGCCCUAAGAAGCCUGCAGCCUGUGAGGAAUAAGCACAUGGGUGCAGCAGCUGUGAUGAAUAUGGCUAGGCCUGGUGCUGUGGCCUAAGAGCAAUAUUAAACAAAAGAGAAACUCCUAAACUUAGGUGAGAUUUCAUGAGGACAUUUAUUGAAGCCGAAUCUUGGGGAAUUUGAAUAAGUGAGGAUGAAGGGGGUAAAGGUACAAAACACAUUUUGCUUGAGAAAAUGUUCUGAGCAAAGGCCUGCGGUGGGAAAGGAUGUGGCACAGUAAUGGCAUUAUUAAAGAGGGACCGUUGAGGCCUCAGUGUAGGCAUUCUUCCUAAAGCCCCCAUCAGACUGGGAGACAGCAGUUUUAUUUUCACUUGUAGAUUGGAAAGCUGGUGGGGUAGUGAGGGUGAGUCAGUGACAGCAUCUUACCCGAGGCUGUCUGAUGACAAAACCAGCCUGCUCAUGGCUGCCACCCAUGUGCUCAUCACCUCAGGAAAUAGCGGGUAGUACAGCUCACCUGCUCUAGACCGCUAAUCAGUUAUUGAUAAUCUGCCUUCUCUGGCAUCUUCCAGCAACUCUUCCUGUGUUCCAUACCCAAAGGAUUCAUUCUUUUGAACUGUGAAGCCCAAUGGGGGAAAGCCUGUAGUCAUAAUUAUAGUAUGAUUAUAAGCUUCAGAGAAAUGAUCCUCUGCAUCAGAGAUUAACACUAGUGCUGGGCCAGCAAGGAAGCUCACCAGGUAGAGGUGUUUCUUGCACAAGCCUGGUGAUGUCAGUUCAAAAUGUGAUGAUGUCCUGGUGAUGUCCUCUCUCCACACAUGUGCUUUGGCACAUGCUCCCCUACACACAUAUCCUGUACACACAUAACAAUAAUGAAUAUUUUCCCUCAGGUGAGGUCUCACUAUGUAGCCCCGGCCAACUUGGAAUGCACACUGAGAGAUCUGCCUGCCUCUGCCUCCCAAGUGCUAGGAUUAUAAGCAUGUGUCAUUGUGACUAGCAGUAAUUUUUUUAAGGAGUCCCUGGUGUUUUAGGUCUGUUAUUGGGCUUCCUAUGUUAGGGACUGAACCUAUGGCCUUACACGUGUUGGACAACUGCUUUACUCCUUAGCAACUCUCAGCCCUUUGUGGUACUCUUGUUUUCUUGAAUCUGGCCUCAUACUCACUAUGUAGCUGAGAAUAAAUAACCCUGAACUCACGAUCAUCUUGCCUUCAUCUCCUACCACUGGGAUUGUAGGAAUGAAGCAUUUGGUCUGACAUCUCUGUGGUCUCCUCCUCCUCCUCUUCCUCUUCCUCCUUCUGCUCUUCCUCUUCCUCUCCCUCCUCCUUCUCCUCUUCUUUUUCAAGACAGGAUCUCACUAUGUAGACCAAGGUAGCCUGAAAGUUAGAGAUCUGUCUGUCUUUGUUUCCACACCCUAUAUUCCCAGCCUCUACUGUCCCCUAUUAGAUAACAUCCUCUAGGAAUAAAUUAAGCAGAUAUAUCUGCUCUCUCUCUCUGUGUGUGUGUGUGUGUGUGUGUGUGUGUGUGUUCACAGUUUUUCAAGUUAUGCUUUAUUUCCAAAUUUCAGAAAUGUGCAGAAAGGAGGAAGCCUGUAUGGGGGAACAUAAUGCAAAAACAACUGAGAUCCUUUCUAAUCAGAUGGUGUAUACAGGGAGGGAUACUGCAAUGACAUCCUGUUUCAUCCUGACCCCAGACCUAUGAGGGAAAAUCAGUAUUGGACUUGAGGCACUUGUCUGAGACCCCUGGGUCUCCUGUAUGCCCUCACUGAGACCAGGAUUUGGGGGGGGGGGGGAGUAUGUAGGGAGGGGUGGUGGGCAGUUCUGUCUAGCCUCUGUGAAACAUUCCAGUCAGCAUUGUGCUGUUUCUUUAACAAAGGCCCCUUAGACCUACCUUCCUGUGCCAUCUCUCAGGGAGCCAGCAGAGGGAGCUGUGGUCCCAAAACUUUUUUCAACAUUACAAGUUUUAGCUUUGCAAAAAAAAAAAUCUUCCCUGACUUCAUCUGAACCCCGAUGCAAUAAGAAUUUAACCUAAGAUAGGUGGUGGUGCCAGCCCCCUGAUGGAGCAGACAGGGAGCUUCUGUAGCUGCUUGAACUUGACAGCCAUAAGGAACUCUGGUUUCAAGGAAACGCCUGUUUACUGUACUGAUCCAAAUCAGCAGCUCUCAAGAAAGGGGAGUGCCUUCUUGACCCCGAUCUUUAUUGAUCUUGGUAUCAGCACUUCCAGUGACGUGUCCUGACGGGGCGGGAGAAAGUUAACUAGGGCCUUAUACUCAGAGAAGAGAGCCAGCCUGUUGCUGAAGGAAGUCCGCACAGAGGAGAUAGGCUAGAGUGCCUUGUAGGAACUGCAGUGCAUCCGCUCUGAUUUUGAAUAACAGGCAGAGGUUUUGAGGUUGGCUGGACACCCCUUAGCCAAGCCCGCACUAUGGAGAAGUGGGACGGUAAUGAGGGCACCUCUGCUUUCCACAUGCCUGAGUGGAUGAUUCAGUUUGCUGACCAGAAGCAGGAAUUCAACAAACGUCCCACCAAAAUUGGACGUCGCUCUUUGUCUCGUUCCAUCUCUCAGUCAUCUACUGACAGCUACAGCUCAGCUGCCUCAUACACAGAUAGCUCUGACGAUGAAACAUCCCCCAGGGACAAGCAGCAAAAGAACUCUAAGGGGAGUAGCGACUUCUGUGUCAAGAACAUCAAACAAGCAGAGUUUGGACGCAGAGAGAUUGAAAUUGCUGAGCAAGAGAUGCCUGCCUUGAUGGCUUUAAGGAAGAGAGCCCAAGGAGAAAAGCCUUUGGCUGGAGCCAAAAUCGUGGGUUGUACGCACAUCACUGCUCAGACGGCUGUACUUAUGGAGACUCUGGGUGCUCUGGGGGCACAGUGCCGAUGGGCUGCCUGCAACAUCUACUCCACUCUCAAUGAAGUGGCUGCUGCUCUCGCAGAAAGUGGGUUUCCCGUCUUUGCCUGGAAAGGAGAGUCAGAAGAUGACUUUUGGUGGUGCAUUGACAGAUGCGUGAAUGUGGAAGGUUGGCAGCCAAACAUGAUCUUGGAUGAUGGAGGAGAUCUUACUCACUGGAUUUAUAAAAAGUAUCCCAACAUGUUUAAGAAAAUCAAAGGCAUAGUUGAGGAGAGUGUUACUGGAGUCCAUAGGCUGUACCAACUGUCCAAAGCUGGGAAGCUGUGUGUUCCAGCCAUGAACGUCAAUGACUCAGUCACUAAACAGAAAUUUGAUAACCUCUACUGUUGCCGUGAAUCUAUCCUUGACGGACUUAAAAGGACAACAGAUAUGAUGUUUGGUGGAAAGCAAGUGGUGGUCUGUGGCUAUGGAGAGGUAGGAAAGGGGUGCUGUGCUGCUCUGAAAGCCAUGGGUUCCGUCGUGUACGUAACUGAAAUUGAUCCCAUCUGUGCCCUGCAAGCCUGUAUGGAUGGAUUUCGACUAGUGAAGCUAAAUGAAGUCAUCCGGCAAGUGGACAUUGUUAUUACUUGUACAGGGAACAAGAACGUGGUAACCAGAGAGCACUUGGACCGUAUGAAGAAUAGCUGCAUCGUUUGUAACAUGGGACAUUCCAACACUGAGAUUGAUGUGGCCAGCCUGCGGACCCCAGAACUGACCUGGGAGAGAGUAAGAUCCCAAGUUGACCAUGUGAUAUGGCCUGAUGGCAAGAGGAUAGUACUGCUGGCAGAGGGCCGUCUGCUGAAUCUCAGCUGCUCCACAGUGCCUACCUUUGUGCUCUCAAUCACCGCUACCACUCAGGCUCUCGCCUUGAUAGAACUUUACAACGCUCCUGAGGGUCGCUAUAAGCAAGAUGUGUACCUGCUGCCCAAGAAGAUGGAUGAGUAUGUGGCAAGCCUACACCUGCCCACCUUUGAUGCCCACCUGACAGAGCUGACAGACGAGCAAGCCAAGUAUCUGGGACUCAACAAGAAUGGACCCUUCAAGCCUAAUUACUACAGGUAUUAAGUUCCUGUAAUGCAAACCAGAAGACAUGUUAAGGAAUAGAACCAAGCCUUUUCUCCACUACUAUCCAAGGAAGAACCCAGCAAGCUGCUUCUCCAAUCAGAGCUGCCCGCCGUGCUCAUCCUAUGUGUUAGGUUAUUUAUUUAUUAAACUCUAAAGUCCUGUGCCUGUAGCCUUGGCCCAGAGUGUGGUUACUACUCCUGGGGCCGUGAGAGCCACAGAGGACAGGCUGAGGAAGGAAAGAAAUGGGCCAACCAUUCCUAGUGCAUCAUUCGCAUUAUUGCCCAUUAGUGGAGUCCUCAGCGAUGGCCAUUUUUCUUUCCAGGCUCAGGAGUUAGUUCAGGGAUGCCAGACUCCUUGUUACUUAGGGUUUUCUGGAAUAAAUUUCAGCAGCUGCCUUUCUCAAAGCUUUGGUCCUUUCCCAGGUGAGGCCUUUUGGAAGCCACUGAAUUAACAAGGCCUGAAUCCACAGCCUUGAUAGUUACUGUCACUGCCUUCCUUACAAAAAGGCUGGUGAGGCAGGAGUGGUAAGGUCUUGUAAGCUGCACCAAGAACUCAGCUGUGCCUGUAUCCGUGCCUACUGGGACUUCUUCUCUUACCCAGGACUCCUUUCUUCUCCUUGAAUACUAUAUCCAUUUCAAUGCUUUCUGUUUCUAAGAGGGUUGUGACUCCACGAUCUUAACAGCUCUGCUGUUGGCCAGGCAUUUGUUUUGCUUUCUAACCCUACUAAACUCUGCUCAGGAAGUAGCCAGCUCCACUGGGACCCAUAGUUCUGCUUCCUUCCCAUUUAACUGGACUGUUUCCUAGGAGGCCCCCCUAACUGGCACUGUCAGAGGAGAGCCCCUUGUGGACAGUGCUUCUGUUGUUGCCUGAAAUGGCCUCUGGAGCUGAGUCGGCAAAAGUCUUUUCCAGGAAAGACUUUGGAGCUGGGCUUCGGAAGACAGGAGACUGUAAUGUGUAUCCAGAUGAUGAAACCUAGUUUGAGGUCUGGAGGUUAGCUCAGUGGUAGAGCCCUUGCCUGGCAUGGAUAAGGCUGUGUGCUCGAUCAUUGGGAACUCGGGAAAGGGAUGGGCACUAGUUUGAACCUCAUCAGACAUCCAUCCCUUUGGCUGUUGGCCGUGGUGAAAGUGAGAUCUGCAAUCUGAUAGCUUAUCUUUCUUUGCUGCUGCUGCAUUGUUAUGAUCUGGCCCCUCUGUUUAAGGAUUCUGUUUCAGAGAGUUUCUUAAGUAACUCCAGCAUUAUAAAAUAGUAAUGUAAACAGUGUGAAGUUUCUCAUUCUACCCAGGAGUUGGAUUUUCUUUGGAGAUGGACUGAACAGUUUCAAGGUUUCCACUGGGAUCAGUUGGUUUCAAGAAUUAAAACCUGGAGUGACCCUAGGAAUCUUGAGCUGAAUGAGUCCCUCUCAUGCCCCCCUAUUUAGAAGUCUCCAGUUUGUUUCCCAUGUCUCUCUUACAUUGUUCUGCUGUAAAGUCUCAAGAUCAAGGUCAUUCAAACAGAGGACAGCCAGAAUCACUAAAAUCUUCAACUAGAUCUUCUCCCCUGGCUACACCAUCUCCACUGUCUCUUGGUGUUUAUGUGUGCCCCGGAAGCUAGUCUGGAAGUGUCCUUAUUUUCUAAGCUAGGGAAACAGAACUGGGUAAGUGGCUGUUUACCUUAUGAAAUGGUAUACAUUCCAGCUCACCCCAGAAGAUGUACUCUAAACAGGGCAUGUCUGUGGCUGUAUUCUGUUGUGCAAGGAAGAUCACAAACACUGAAGAGUUCACCAAGAUAGUCAGUCCUGAUUUGUGUGUGAAUAGAAUGCUCACUCUCCCACUCCCACCCCGUGUUGGUUUUUUGUUAUUGUUGUUGGGGUUUGUUGUUAUUUUGAGAUAGUCUCACUCUGUAACCCAGGCUGGACUCAAAGUCAUGGCAGUCCUCCUGCCUUGGCCUCCUGAGGCCAUGUGCUACCGUGCCUGGCCUCUUAAUUGGAUCUGUUUAGCAAAGAUUCAUAUCUCCGUGCCUCAUCUCCAGAGCAGAUUCCAUUAGGCAGAUAUCUGGCUAGGGACACCCAGGUCAUAACUUGGUGAUUUUUUGCAAAGUCUUGCUCUCUACAGAGCUUCCUCUGGCUGGUACUUACACACUACACUAUGCCACACCAUAGAGAAGAGAUCUGCUCAAAAAAAAAAAAAAGCCAUGUGGGUUUCUAAGUUAAGUUGCACCUGGCUGCCCAUUGUGAGGUAUCUGCCUGUGAGUUGCAGAUGACAUCUGUUCCCUUUUCUCUGGAGACCUCUUUGUCAUCAACCAUUAAGAAAAUAGCCAGAAAUAGGGAUAUAAGUCAGUGAUAGGACACUUGAUUAGCAUGUGCCAGGCCCUGGGGCAAAUCCCUAGUACAGCAGGCUUGUGGAGAGUUGGAAAGAAAGAAAGAAGGUAGCCCAGGACUCCUAUGUAGGCUCUAUCCUAAUGUUAUAACCAAAUCAUUGUUCCCUCUAACCUUGGAAUAAGAGCAAAAUCCUUAUUCCAACUCUUCCUCUAACAAGCACUCUAGCUUCCAGGAGACAAGGAAAAGAAGGCUGGUUGUCUCUGGUUAUGUGACCCUGGACAGAGGGGAAAUAUACCAUUUAUCUACAAUGAAUUUGUGCUACUUCAAGGUCUUCUUGCUGUCUCAGUGGAAAUAUUGUUUCCUUUUUCUUGUUAAACAAAAUGCCUCUAAUCUACCUUCCCUCUGCCCUCCUCCCUCCUCAUGUUUCCCUCCUGGGAGAGCAAGGCUCCCCAUAGCCACACACUCCUGCAAAGCUUUUGUUGCUGCUUGGCUUUUCUCUGAACAGAUCUGAAAUUGCUGCUCCUGUGGUUUCCUCAGAAUUAACUUUGUCAUGGUUUAAAAAAAUCAGAAUGCAUUGUUGCAUUAAGCUUUUUUAAUAAAGGAGAAUUAUGGAAAGAAAAUAGGUAACACCAGCAAAUUAUAUAUUGACAUUGACAAGUCUAAACAUAUAUAUAUAUACAUAUCUAUGUAAAACACAUAUCUAUACCAAUAAUCAUCUAGUUCUUACUGUCAUCUUACUGAAAGGAACGAAGCCUCUAAGGAUCACCAGUUCUGAGAAGCUCUUGGAAAUCUUUAUGUCUAAGUGAUUGUAUUAGAUCAGCAAUAAUGACUAUGUAAUCUCGAAAAAUAAAGUAUUCUUAAAACUGA